AUGUCACCAAACUAUCAAAAUUUACAGCCUCAUGCGCGCGAUUCUUUAGAGUUAGCUAGUUUAGCAUCGAGUUCUCCAGGCGCAAGAUCAUCAACAGAUUCAAUCUCCUCGAGAUCCGGUAUAUCCUCCUCGCGAAAGUUAUCUCUCGAAGAAGAUGAUCCUUUGGAUGAAAGAAACCCAGCCGCGGAUGGUCGACCGGGGAGACAUGGUAGGACCUAUUCCGUCUCUUCCGCCUUCGACUUCUCUUCCAACCUUUUUCCUCUAUCCUCGACCGCAGGAGGCUAUGCGCCGAUCGGAGCCCCUAUAUCCACAUCAAAUGGCCAAACCACCUUAGGAGGGGGAUCUUUGGAGAAACACAAGACUCUGACAUACCUGAACGGUUUAUCGUUAAUAGUUGGCUUGAUAAUAGGGUCCGGGAUUUUCUCCUCGCCGAGUCAGGUUAAUGCAAAUGCUGGAUCCCCAGGCGCAUCGUUAGUGGUAUGGGCAAUAGCAGGAAUAUUAGCAUGGACAGGUGCUUCGAGUUAUGCGGAGCUGGGAGGAGCAAUACCAUUAAAUGGCGGCGCACAAGUAUACCUUUCCAAGAUUUUUGGGGAGCUUUUUGGGUUCUUGUUUACAUGGUGUGCGGUCAUGGUUCUAAAGCCUGGAUCGACCGCCAUUGUAUCAAUAAUAAUGGGAGAAUAUUUAGUACGGGCAUUCAUUGGAGCAGAGGCUGAGAGUGUCAACGUUUGGAUUAAUAAGAGCGUGGCAUUGAUUGGAUUAUUUUUGAUCACUUUUUUGAAUUGUAUAUCUACAAAGUUGGGCACGAGGAUGGGGGAUAUGUUUAUGUUUAUGAAGUUUAUUGCAUUGCUUGGAGUUACGGUCAUUGGUAUUGUCGUGGCCGUCACUGGCUUUUCUACGACUGGUGAAGCAAAUGAGGAUUGGAAGAAUCAUGGAUGGUUCGAGGGAACUAGUACUAGCGCUUCAUCAUGGGCCGUCGCACUAUAUGCUGGGUUAUGGGCCUUUGAUGGUUGGGACAAUACGAAUUAUGUUGUUGGGGAGUUCCGGAAUCCUACUCGAGACCUGCCAAGAGUCAUUCAUACAGCGAUGCCAUUGGUCAUUCUCUCCUAUAUCCUCGCUAAUGUAGCAUAUUUCUUCGUGUUACCUUUGGAAGCAAUCAAUGCUUCGAAUACGGUUGCGGUCAUAUUUGGAAACAAGGUAUUCGGUCCUAUUGGAUCAUUAAUACUUGCUCUCAUUGUGAGCGCAAGCUGUUUUGGAGCUCUCAAUGCGACCGCCUUCACCAGUGGACGACUUGUCUAUGCAGCCAGCAAAGAAGGUUAUUUACCCGCCAUGUUUGGCAAAAUUGGGUUCGGAAAUCAAGCAGAACCAUCCGCCAACACACUCCGAACACGCAAUUGGGUAUCGAAGAAGCUCGCCAGAUUAUUUGGUGAUGACGACACUGGGCUCUUCUUUACACCCGUAAACGCCAUGAUUCUCAAUGCUCUCUUGACGGCAGUCUACGUAGCCGUGGGUGAAUUUGGCACUCUAGUCACUUUCUACGGAGUGGCCGGUUACACCUUCUACUUCCUCACAGUCCUGGGACUCAUUGUCCUUCGCGUCCGCGAACCCAAUCUCGAACGUCCAUAUAAGACGUGGAUCACCACUCCCAUCAUUUUCUGCUGCGUGAGUCUAUUUCUCCUCAGUAGAGCAGUCUUCGCGGAACCUGUCCAAACCGUCAUCGUUAUCGCUUUCGUCCUCGCUGGUGUCCCUAUUUACUACUGGCGUAUCCGUGGACGCGAUCAAGUUACAAGGAGGGAAAGGAGUAGUAGUAGAAGUGGAAGUGGAAGUGGUUGGAAAUUUUGGGCGAGGGGUUUUUUUUCGUAA